AUGUUGUGGGUGGUUGGUGAAUGGCAGUUUUCAGCGUGUGCCAGCUCCCCAUGCCAGAAUGGAGGAACCUGUGUCAAUGACAGACCGAGUUUUGUCUGCGCCUGUCGCCACCCCUUUGGAGGAGUCAACUGUAGUGUGAAGCUGGUGCAGGACGAUUCCCUGAGUGUUGAUUUUUCAAAAGGAUCAUACAGAUAUGCACCUAUGGUGGCUUUUUUUGCUUCCCAUACAUAUGGAAUGACAACUCCAGGACCCAUCAGAUUUAACAAUCUGGAUGUCAACUACGGUGCCUCGUUUGCCCCAGCAACUGGGAAGUUCCAUGUUCCAUACCUGGGGGUCUAUGUUUUUGAAUAUACCAUUGAAUCAUUCAGCCCACGUGCCUCUGGCUAUCUGGUCAUUGAUGGAAUAGACAAACUCACCUUUCAGGCUGAAAAUAUUAAUAACAGCAAGUACAUUGACAGAGUAAUUACUGGAAAUGCAUUAUUGGAGUUAAAUUACGGUCAGGAAGUCUGGCUCAGACUGGCAACUGGCUCUAUACCAGCCAAGUAUCCACCUGUAACAACAUUCAGUGGUUACUUGUUGUAUCGUACCUAAUCGGUCCUAAGAGUGAGCUGGUAGUCAGAUGAAGCAACCUGCAGGUGAAUUUAGCUUUGCAUUUAAAUUCUUUGCUUCUUUAAGGCAGGAA